UGCCUUUUUAGACUUCUAAUAUCAUAGAAAGCCUGGUUCUAAAUAGUACAGGAUAUAAGGCGCAAAAGCUCUCAUUUUGAUAUUCAAGAUGCAAGUUAUUGCAAGAGCUAUAAAAUCUUGUCAGGAAACAUUUCGUAUACCAGUCUUGCAGCAACUGAAAAAGUACACAGAGAAUGCAACGAGUAUAGAAUCCCAACUAAUGCAUCAAAAGGGUUUGGAAAAUACUACAGUUUCUGAAGUUUUGAUGACAAAAGAAGAUGAAAAAGUUGGAUCCUGGCUCUGGUGCAGGAGUGACGACACAGUCUAUGAUGCGGCAAAGCAAAUGGCUCUAAACAAUAUUGGAUCUUUAGUGGUUCUAAAGCCUGGAGAUGAGCAUAUGAUUGCAGGAAUCAUUACUGAAAGAGAUUACAUGCAGAAGGUAAUUGUCAAGGACAGAUCACUAAAAUCCACCAAAGUCGGGGAAAUCAUGACAAACCAGAACAAGCUGGUAACAGUGACAUCUGAUACAAAUGUGUAUCAAGCAAUGCGACUAAUGUCAGAAAACCAUAUACGACACAUUCCAGUAAUAGACGGACGAAUAGUUGGGAUGAUUUCUAUUGUUGAUGUUGUAAGAGCUGUAGUGGAUCAACAAAGCAAUGAAUUGAAUAAAUUGAACGACUUCAUCAAAGGCGACUACUACUAGUCUCCAAAUAAAACUAACUGUUUGUAUAUUUUUAUUAAACACCCAAUAAUAGCAACAAUGGUAGGACAAUAGACACUUGAUCAUUUCUUGUUGUAGACCUUUGUUCUGUACCUUGAGAAAUA